AAAUCACAGCACAUCACGCUGUCCCAUUCAGAAAGGCUCCACUCACAAUCGGGAGAGGCCACCAGUGGGACAAAAUCGCAUACCACCACGCACCACCUUCUCUGCAUCGAGAUGCUUCAUUCUCCGCAGACCACACACACACAACCAAACAAACGGACCACGGCAUCAGCCGAUCCUCACUCACUCAGCCAUAGACGCGAAUAGUGGCCUGAGCGUGCCGGCCGACUUCAUCUCUUCGACGUCAGACGAGCCGCCGAUGCACUUGCCGUCAGCAAAGAUGCGCGGGACGGUGCGGGCGCCGGUGAUCUCCUGCAGAUAGUCCUGGAUGGUGUCUGUCGCUGGAUCCUCAUUGUCAAGGUACACGAUCUGCACACACACACACACACCCACACACCCAAGGAGGCUCUUCCUCUACAUUGCCCAUGUGCAGUGAGAGCAGCCGACCUUGAAGCUUUUGACCUUUUUGGCCCCGUUCAUGGCCAUCAGGUUGAUGGCGCUCUGGCAGUAGGGGCACUCCGGCUUGGCGAAAACCAUCACGCGAUGCUCAGAGACCAGGCCGUCCACGUAGGCCUUGGCGUCCGCCAUCGUCACCGACUGCCGCGCCCUCCUUUGCGUGUGCUUCGCCACGUGAGAGUGAGAUCUCCGCAAUGAUGCGGAGCCCAUGCCAUCUGCAGAUCUGUUGCCGGACGGGAGGGUGAAGGCCGCGGCGAGGCUCGCGAGGCCGAUAAAGGCUGCAACCAAGGUCAGGAGGCUCCUCAUUGUGACCAAAACUGCGAACUUCGCCGACUGUGAGCUCAG